UGAUUAUGUUCACGUAAUUCUUAAUAGUACAAAUGUUAUUUAACAUCAAAUAAAACGUAAAUUUGAUCAUUAUUUUCAAACGUGCACGUCCGAAAAAAAGAUAUUCGACUUUGCCACACGUAGAUACAGGUCAGUCAGUGAGCACAUUUCCGCAAUACCUGUGUCAGUGCAAGAGUUAAGAUAUUGCUGUCCGAUAAACCUCUAUUUUAGUGUGGAGGUCAUUGAUCGAAGAUGGAUUCUAUGGCAAAAUUAGCAGUUUUGUUGUGUAUAGCUUCUGUUUCCAGCGUAGUUUAUGGAAGCACAAAUUGUGCGCUACCUCAUGUGAAGGAAGAUUUAAAUUUUGACAAAAUUGAAGGGAAAUGGUACACAGUCGGAGUGUCGUAUACUGAAGGUUCUAGAUGCAGAGUCGACAGUCAAUUUCACGCACAAACUACCACAACUGGCACUGUGAAUAUCGAAUUGCACAAUUUUGCUGGUGCUUCGCACAAAACUGAGAUUCUUCAAUACGAGUACAAAAAGGUUGGCAAAUCCAGAUUUGCAGUAAAAUCUAGCAAAGAUAAAGAAUUUUCUCCGGAAUUCGUAAUCGUUUCUGAUUCUAAGCAAUACAUAAUGAAAUUGUUCUGUGACGCUAAAACAGGAAAAAAGGUCAUUGAAGUUCUUGUACCCAAUCCGGAAUCUCAUCCCGAACAAGUCGCUGCGGCUACCAACGCUCUAGAAGAUGUCGGUGAGGGUUGGGAACUAGUGAAACUUUAUCCCACUGAUUGCAAAAAAAUACCGUAUUCGAAAAACAGUUGUGAAUUGCCUGAAGUGUCGGAGCAGUAUAUUUCAGACCAGCUCAAGGGAAGAUGGUACAUGGUUGGACAAUCUUCACAACUUAAAGGUUGUACUGCCAUUAGAGGAGUCAGUCCUGGAAAAGUUGAUUCGGACUAUUUCAAUAUAAAUGAUGAAACUCAAAACACGUUGACACAUUAUGAUUUAAAGAAAGUUGGACCUUCAAGAUUUUUAAAGACGUCACAUUUGGGAAAUGUUGUAGAAGUUGUUUUAUUUUCUGACUACGAAAAUUACUUAUUGCAACUGAUAUGCGAUCAUCACAGUGGCGAAAAGGUUGUCGAUAUUUUUUCACCGAAUCCAGAAUCAUUCCCCGAACAAGUUGCAGCAGCAACUAAUCGUCUAGAAGAAAUCGGACAUGGCUGGGAACUGAUGAAACUAUAUCCUACUGAAUGCAAAAACCUACCAAAUGUCCAUUAUGACAUUCACGAUGUCGUUGUUGAAAGUGAAAACCAUGGACACUCAAAAUGUACUCUACCGGAUGUUACCAAAGGAUUUCAAUUUGAAAAGCUUCUAGGUACCUGGUACUCCGCUGGAGAGUCCCAUGAAAUUAGUGGCUGUACUGCAUACAAAGAUAUUGAAGGAACAAGUGGCGGCGGAAAAGUCGCGAUAGAGCACACCAAAUUUGGAGAUGAACACUCCCAUAGCGAAGAUCACAAGGAAUACAAGAAAGUUGGAAAUUCUAGAUUUACGGAGAAACAGGGUGGCAACUUCUUUGCUUUUUUACAUUCAUUUCCUUCAAUUCUGACAUAUUUCUUUCCCACCUUAUACCAAGAUGACAGAGAAAGCUCAGACUUUGUGAUGGUAUCUGACUACAAAAACUACGCAAUGAAACUUUCAUGUUGUGGCCAUACAGGUAAAAGAGUCGUAACUGUUUUUGUGCCGUCGCCUGAAUCUCAGCCGGAACAAGUCGCCGCUGCAACAAACGAACUUGAAGAAAUCGGUGGUGGAUGGGAGCUGUUGAAGCUAUACCCAACAGAUUGCAAACGACUCUCUGCAUCCUACCAAAAUCCUGGCCAUGCUAAAAUUGAACUAUAAAUCAUAUUUUAGUCCAAAAUUACUUAAUGACAGUCGUACAUUGUUUUAGGUUUUAUUCAACGUCAUUUAAAACAAAAGUACACACACAAAAUUCUGUUGUAAAGUACUAUUUUAAGUCAUUUUAAAUAUAGCAUGUAUGUGACUCAUUCGUCGGUUUGGCCUGCAUCAUACCUUGUGGCAUGUUUUUGGGAACCUCAACCUGUCAUAAGUAACUAUACGUAAACGUACAAAUGGCUUCAAAAUUAUUCUCACUCAUUCAUUUCUAAUUCAAGCACCCACAUUUUCAUUGCAAUAAAAUUGCAUCGAAUUAA